AUGUCACAAUUUGAGGGUUUUAAAGAUUCAUAUAAUGAUAAUUCUAUACCAAAUAUAAAUAUAAAUCAACAACAAGAAAAUAAUUUAGAUAAUUUGUUGUCUGGCUCAUUAGACAUCAAAAAACAAUUAUCACAAUCAUUUAGUUCUCAUCAACCACAACAUUCAACUCAUGGUAUUUAUAAACCUCACUCUCGAAGAAAUUCCACAUAUGUUAAAUCCCAUGAGAAUUCAGAUAAUGAAGAAGAAACAGAAGAGAAUAAAGCUGAAGAUGAUGAAAAAGAUACUGGAAAUGAAAGAAAACGAAGAGACAAUAUAAAUGAAAAAAUUCAAGAAUUGUUAAUUUUAAUCCCAUCUGAAUUCUUUGAUAAGGAGCCAAAGAAGUCAGUUAAGAAAGAGAAAUCACCGGAUGAUGAAGAGAAAAUCACUGGUACGAAGGAUGGUAAACCUAACAAGGGUCAAAUUUUAACUAAAUCCGUUGAAUAUUUACAAUACCUUCAAAACAUAAUUGACGAAAAUAAUAGAAAGGAAGUUGAGUUAAUUAUAAAGUUGAAAAACUUAGAAUUGAAAGUAAAGCAAAACAAUGGUGAACAAGUUCAAAAUAUUCCAAUAAGAGUCGGUUAUACUUCUGCCGAGAAAGCUUUAGGUAAGAUUGGUGUUGGUCCUUGUUCUGAAAAUUAUUUUAGAAAUGUUUUGGUCAAUUCUGCUAAUGCAAGUAAAAGCGGUAGAAGAGGAAGUACAUUAUAA